GCGAGGAAUGGAAGGAAAGAGGUGGGAUCCAAGGUAGAACCUGCGCACAAGCCAAAGAGAAGCCUUGCCGUCCAUGUUCUUUAUGGCCUGGGCUUGUUGCCUCCGGGAGUGAAUCGUGGCUGUGCUCGCAUUAAGACAGGAACUUGAGAGUUCACUGAGCAUCAGCAUUGAACCAUUAGGAGGGGGCAAUUUUUGAAAUCCCAGCAAAACUCUGAUUUAAACGAACCCUCACUGUUGGCUCAUCUGAAGGCUGCAACUCUCUCCUAACUGUGAGAAAAAGGCGGAGGAUUUGCCAGAAGCCUGAGCACCCAUCAGGAUACUUGACAUUGGAAAAACACAGCUAUCACAAGGAACAAAAGUCAUCGACCCAAUCACUGAAGCCCAUCCCAUCCCCCCAGGCAGGGGUCACAGUGCCAUCCUUAUCUUUGAAGGGCAAUGCCCAUUUCCUGACCUCUCCAUACCUCUAGCCUUGCAUCUGUCCAUCAGAGAAGUGGCCAAGGGCCCAGGAGCUCUUUUCCCCUGAGGGAAGCAAAUCAAGGAUCUGAAAACCACACUGUGUUUAAUAUAUAUUUUUAAUAGCUCAGAAUCCAGCCCAGAGAAAAUGGGCACAGUUUUCUAAUUCCAGAAAUCUGAGAGGCACACACCUCAAGGCUUUUGCAAAGCUGUAUUUCCUGCCCAGAAGGACACACACACACACACACACACACACACACACACACACACACACCACCUGCUUCCACUAACCUUACCAGACCAAUUCCUCCCAUCCAGCAAGGCCUUCAAGCUUAGCAGUCACCCUUCUUGACCCUUCCAGGCAUCAGCAACAGGCAGGCUCUCCACUUCCUGAUGGUAGCUCCCUGGCCCUGAAUUGCAGUAGUCUUUGCUGCCCACCUCUUUUCUCCUAGAAGACUGCACCCUUUGCAGACACACUGAUAGAAAAAGCCUCAAGCCAGGGCCAGGGCUGGGUGCCUCACACUUAUUUGCUGAACCCAUACCAAUCUUGUAAAAGUCAAAAAACAAGACUCACUGGCCAUAUUGAAACAGUCAUUCUCCCAUGUAAGUCAAUGAUAAUUCUUUCUGUGCAGCCAGAGACACCUAAAACCAGAAAAGUGUUUAUCAUCCCAUCGUCCUAAGCGACUGUUGCUUUCCUUUUUCUUUCCUCCGCAUCUCCCCUUCUUUUCUUUUGGAGACAGGUUCGUGUGUUUCCCAUGCUGACAUUAAAUAUCUGGCUCAAAGCGCCCACCUACCAGAGCCUCCCGAGUAGCUGGGACUACGCAGCUCUGGUCACUCUGGUCACUCUGCUCAGCUCACAGUUCCUGUAGGUCCAUGGAUCCCAGCCUGUGGUCACCUAAGGGGUCACGGGGGCACCUAAGACAUUGCAAAUCACAGAUAUUUACAUUACAAUUCAUAACAAUAGCAAAAUUACAGUUAUGAAGUAACAAUAAAAACAAUUUUAUGGUUUUGGUCAGGAGUGACUGUUCGAGUCACAGCAUUAGGAAGACUGAAAACCAGUGCUGUAGGCCAAGGCCAUUGUGUCUUUGAUCAGGCCACAUUUCUUUUAAUAUAUAAGUAACCAAUCUCAUAUUUGGAUAAAAGUGAAUGAUUGUUUCUCCUGUAUAUCUCCUCAAAACUCUUGUCUAGAUCAGAAUGUGAUGCACACCUUUAAUUCCAGCCCUGAAGAAACAGAAGUAGUUAGAGACCCCACUCUAUGAGUUCCAGGUCAGUCAGAGUUACACAGUAAGACCCUUUCUCAAAAGACAAGCAAACAGAAGCCCUCCUGGAUAGAUCUUAUUCAAAGGAAGACAGGGAGCCGUCAAGACGGCUUAGUGGGUAAAGGUGCAUGCUGCCAAACUCGACGACCUGGGUUCAAUCCCCAAGAUCCACAUAGAAGAAGGAGAGAACCAAUUCCCAUAAGUUGUCUGUCCUCUGACCUGUGAUGUGCUCUAUAAUCGUGCCUAUGCUCACAUGCGUGCACACACACUAAAUGUAAUACAAAUUUUAGGAUUUAAUUUCUACAAUCUAAAUGUGUGUGUGCACUUGAAUGGGUCUUCUGGAAGAGCAGCAAGUGUCUAUAACUACUGACCCAUUUCUCCAGUGCAUACACCCCCCCACCGCCGAAAACUUUAACAGAGAAAGCUGAAAUGAUCUUAUCAUCACUUCUAAACUGAAGUCAAUGAAAAGAGAAGGGAGGGCUGGCCUUUUUUGGUUUUUAUUUGUUUUCCAAAGAUGGGACUGAAUUUCAGCCGAACACACCACCCCUGUUCUGUGUUCCGUUAGGACUAGUUCAUCACGUGACACGCGGCACCCUUUUUUUUUUUUUAACUCCACUUCACCUUGACCUCAAACCACAUCCUGAUCCUGCACCUGAAAGUCAGUUGACGGAACACAUUCGUAAAAUACACGGUCUCCUAAAACAUGAGGUACAGCUUGCGUUCUGUCAUCCUCAAUGUGUCCUUCCAAGCCCCAGCAUGAGUGACAGCGAUUCAGAGAAAGAAGUCCCUGGGAAGGAAAGGAACUCCCGCAUUAUUCUAGGGAAGGGAAGGAAGAUUCUGAAGGGAGAAUAAAUGAAAACGUGGUGAAAAAUGAGAUUUCUCCGCACCCGGAAAGUGUGCACGGGGUCACUAGCUCUACGUUACAGGGGCUACAAGCAUCACAAAGACAAGUAGGACUCUUUGCUCUAUAAAAUGUCCAGAGUGCGGGCUGGAGACAUGGCUCAGCAGUUAAAAGUGAGUACUGCUUGUUCAGAGGACUUGAGUUUGGUUCCCAGCACCACACUGACGGGUAGCUCACAGAAACCUGUAACUCCAACUCCAAGGGGCCCCAGUGCUCUCCUUGUAACCCUUUUUCUUUUUCUGGCACUUUGCUCACAAACCCACACACACACACACACACACACACACACACACACACAUAUAUAUAUAUAUAUAUAUCAACUAAAAAUAAAAAAAUAAAACUCUUCUACAAUAUCUAAAGUGCCACGGGGUUAAAAUAAGCAGGCAUUGACCUGCUUGCUCUGUACAGGUGAGAUUGUAUAGUCCCACAUCUUGUGUUUGUUCCUGCAGAUUUGCUUCUGGUAAUAUGAAAUUGGCCAAAAAUUUCAGGGACUAGAAUAGACAGACGUGCCUAAAAAGGAUCUGUAGGGUCCAUAAUCCACAGGGAGGAAGGCUUGUUUAAAUUCUAUGUAUGCUGACAUUAUGGCGCCCAGCGACGGCACAGUUCCAGAUGGAGCGCUCCCAGCUGGAGGGGAGGCAGUAGUAAGCUACCUGUCGUCCUCUCUGCCCACAAUCAAUUUUUAAUUAUAUAUAAGAUACUAAAAAGCACCCGCUAAAGGGAAUCUCCCCCAAUAUCGCCCAAGAAAUUACUAAACUGCAAAUAGGGGAUGCAGAAGGUCAAGCAGGUCCACUAGAGGGAGCCCUAACCAACUUUAUGCUGCAGGGUGCCUGGGGGCUGCAGAUUAAACCUCAUAAAGAAAUAGGGGGAGGAGGCAAGAUUGACUGGGAGAGAAAAAAGGUCCUGCAAACACACCACCGAAGUCAGGAGCUACAAAACGUAUACACCAAGAAAUUCAAGCUGAGGGGCUGGGGAUUUAGCUCAGUGGUAGAGCGCUUACCUAGGAAGCGCAAGGCCCUGGGUUCGGUCCCCAGCUCCGAAAAAAAGAACCAAAAAAAAAAAAAAAAAAAAAAGAAAUUCAAGCUGAGCAAAAUUAAGUAGCUGAACUCAUGGACUCUGCCUAAUGUGUGCUCCUCUCUCUGGGUGGGUCAACAUCCUGAAGUCCAUGGCUCCACAUCUUGUAAGUGGAAAACUUUCAACACCUGUGCCAGAAAGUGUUUCCCUCACAUAUCACAGUAGCCUUUUGAAGCAUGAACCUUCGUUUUCAAAGUAAAUAACAUCACUGUAUUCUCGAGAACUCCAGAUAUAAAGUAGCCAUCAUGGCUACUGUCCCUGCCUUUCUGCUAUGUCUGUAAAACACUGUUCUCCAAGACUAAAUUUCUAGAUUCCUAGCCUAGAGAGUCUCAGGCAGUGUAGACAUGAAAAAUAGCCAUUCAACUCCAAAGCUUUUCUUUAGGGCUGGGACAUGGACGUGAGAAGAGAAGCUUCCCUUUGGUUUAGCUCACCACCUGCCUGUUUCCCAGUUGCCCGGACAACCUGCAGUCUCCAGAAACCCAACAUCCCAGUUCUUGGUCCUGCCUCUUGAGGAAGUUUUACACCCUGGAUUGGCUCCCAGGACCCGGGCUCCUCCCUAGGCUCAAUCUGCUUGGAUCUCUCUUUACUGUCCCCAUGGCAUUCCCCAGGGAGACACCACACAAGCAAGAGAGAGUCUUGCAGGUAGAUAGGAGGGGGGAGAAGGCAUACUUUGGGGAGAGAGAAGGGACCAGGUCCAGAAGUUUCUCAAGAGGCUAACUGCUGCACAUAGAAUUAUUCUCCCUCACUGACUCCAUCCCUCCCCAAGGGUCCCAGGAGACCAAGAAGCAAAGCUUCUAGAAAGUGUAAGAUACACUGGAAGACUAGAAUUCUGAAGCUCCAGAGACUCCCAGCUUGGUCUAAGAGUCAGGAAAGCAUGUCUGUCUGCUGAUCCACAUAGAAGGUCUUCCCUUCGCCAGGACAGCAGGAUGCCACCUAAAACCAAAGGAAAGGGGAGAAAAGCUGCCACACGGAAGAAGAAAAAGAAUUCAAGUCCUGGUGUGGAGGCUGAGGCCAAGCACAGGCUGGUGCUGCUAGAGAAGGAGCUGCUUCAGGACCACUUAGCUCUACAGAGGGAAGAGGCUUGCCGAGCCAAGGCUUCCGAAGACAGGCUGAAACAGAGGUUACAAGGGCUGGAAGCUGAACUGGAAAGAACCCAAAGUGAAGGGCGGGCUGUAUAUGCAGAGAUGAGCCGCCAGCGUCAAGCCCUGCAAAAGGAGCUGGGGACCCGAAGCAAGCGGCUGGAGGAGGAAGUGAGAGGUCUAAGGGAGCGGCUAGAAACAUGCCAAAGGGAGGCCAAGACCGCAAGGGAAGAGGCUGAGCGAGCCCUCCGAGAGCAAGAUGGAACCCUGACUGAGCUUCGCGCCCAUGUGGCACACAUGGAGGCCAAAUAUGAGGAGAUCUUGCAUAGCUGAAAGCUUGCUGUUCACAGGACAACCUGAACUGUCUCUUGGCCAAGCUGAGAGCUGUCAAGCCUCAGUGGGAUGCAGCCACGCUGAGGCUCCACACCAGACACAAGGAGCAGCUACGGCGAUUUGGUCUCAACCCCCUGGAUCUUUGAGGCCACUGGCCUCAAAUCUCUAAAUAUCAAUAUCAAUAAAGCAACCUGAUGUAGAAGUCAAUAGAACUGUAGAUUGUGGCCUCUGGCAGUGAGGACAUCUAUUUUCUAGGUUAACCCAUUGUCCCAUUGUCCUAACCCCUGAGUGAUAAGAAAUAGACAAUGUUCUAAACCCUUUCCUACAGAAACUAGAUCCCAUUCCCUAUAGCCUGGAGUACCUUCAGUCCCUUCAAACUGCCUUGGCUUAAGUGGGCACGGUAGUGCAUGCCUUUAAUCCCCACACUUGGGAGGCAGGGGGAUCUCUGAGUUUGAGGCCAGCCUGGUCUACAAAGCAAGUUUCAGGACAGCCAGGGCUAUACGGAGAAACCCUGUCUUGAAAAACCGAAACAAAACAAAACAAAACUAUUUUGGAUUAUCCUGACCAAUAAAACACAAAUCCAGAUAUCCA